AAAAAAAAAAACCCAUUUUUUCAAUUCUUCCCUGAAAUGUAAGAAAGGGGAAAGCAACAGCAAGGCUGCCUGCAGGACCGGUUCAUUUCAUAUCUUGGUUACCUUUCUUCCCCAACACCAGCGAAUACCAGAAGGAUCAACAAUCAGCAACGCGACAUCGUUUUCAAACUUCAAAGUGUUGGGCGUAGGAGGCAUUGUCGUAGAUGGAAGCUUCACGGAGUAACUCGGAAAUCCCAAACCUAAACCCUAGCCCGAGAAGAAACCCGAUUCCGAUUUCGUCUCCGUCGCCGGCGUGGCCCACCAUAGACGGCCCCCUGGGGCUGUCAGAGGAAGAGUCAGUGAGCUACGCGCGUAGAUUCUACAAGUUUGGCUUCGCCCUGCUCCCUUGGCUUUGGGCCCUCAACUGCUUCUACUUUUGGCCAGUCCUCCGCCACUCCCGCUCCUUCCCUCGCAUUUACCACUAUGUUUUAAGAUCAGCAGUUGGUUUCACGGUAUUUUCCGCUCUUCUCUUAUCAUGGGCCCUUACAUUUGCUAUUGGAGGGGAGCACCUUUUCGGCCAUGUCUGGGAUCAACUAGUUAUGUACAAUCUCGCUGACAGACUUGGCUUGACAGGUUGGAGCUAAGUCUAUGCCUUCUCCUUCGAACAUCACGAAACACUUCUUUUGUGUCUACUAUUUUCUUCUUCGUUAAAUCAUAUAUUUGCAUUAGUUUAACAGAAUACGGCAGGGUGCUCGUGUCAAUUAUGAAGGCAUUGCCUUAUUUUGUAAUGUUUGAUUGAUAAAACUA